UAACUUCCUGUUUAAACAUGGCGGCGCACUGACGAAAGUCACAUUAUUUCUGCUGCUGCUGAAAUCUACAGUUAUUGCUGUUAAUUACAUCGCAUGAACGGUGAAUAAAAAGGGCGACAUCUAGGAAGAUUUUGCUUUACAACGUUAAACAUCCGCAGAGGAUAAUCCAGCCAACACCAUGGUUCAUUUAUCAUCACUCCUGCUAAAAAAGUACCACGGGGGUUAUGUGGUCAUCCGAUUGGCUCUUGCGGGCCACAAACAAGCUAACAGACCUUUUUAUCGCAUUGUGGCUGCUUACAACAAAAGGGCAAGAGAUGGUAAAUAUAUAGAGCAGCUGGGUACCUACGACCCCCUCCCAAACCUCUACAACGAGAAACUUGUCAGCUGCAACUUCGACCGGAUCAAGUACUGGAUCGGCUGUGGUGCACACCCUACAAAGCCUGUGGCCAAACUUCUAGGGUUGGCUGGAUUUUUCCCUCUGCACCCCAUGACGAUAACAGAGGCAGAGCGUCAAAGGGCCCAAAUGGAGAUGACAGAAGCACCUACAAGAACAGGGGAUGGUCUGGAGUAGGGACAGAAGGAGGCUGAAGUGUGAGAAUAAAAGCUGGGGACUGUGUGUGACUGUCCAGUUCAAGAGGAUGAGAGAGAACUGGUCGUUUUGUUGAGUGGACUGCUCGUAGCAACGUCAGAUAUGGAAUAUUGGAAGUGUUUGUUGCUUUAGCAGCAACAAUUCAUAUUAAAAUCAUCAUAUUAUUCAUAUUAUUAUUCAUGAUAAAAUGACAUAUCUUCAUGUUAUGUUUUUUGAGAGUUGAGAGCGAUAAAAGGCAAUUAUUUGACUUAAAUAAAGUAUUUCAAUAUUAUAGCUUUUGUUUGCAGGAAAAGUUGCAGAUUUUUUCUAUUGUCCUCUCCUUUACAGAUGAUCCGCACCAAGAAUAUCAAAAGAUCAGUCGUUUUGUUUUGUUUUCUUUCAACCUGAAUUGUGAACCUUGAAAUCAUCCCUCCUCCUUUUGUCUA